UGUUAAAUAUAUCUACAAAUUUUAAACAUCAAACAAUAUUAUUUUUGCCGUAGCGGCGUUACAACAUUUUUUCUAGACUAGCUUCAUUCCAACUCUGUCCGUGAAGUUGAGCACAUCGUUUUUACCUUAGUGUCGUGUGAAGUACCGGUCCUUUGUCCAUUCUUUGUCGAAAAGCAGUGAAGAAAGUUUUUUGGUGAAAAAAUAAUAACCAUCGUUCGGGAUCCGUUAACUGCAGCCAAUCAGAAACGAAAAAAAAACGCAAUUUUUGUCGAAGUCAGUUGUCCAAAAGAGAUAUAAAACGUGUAAUUGGUAGUUUUACGAAAGUUUACGGGUAUUUCGACAGUGCGAAGGAAAAAGCAAAAGGAUAUAAAAUAUAAUCAUUUUCGGAAACCCACUAAGAGAAGUUGAUAUAAAAGAGUGUCUGAUAGUAGUUUUGAGCCGAAAAACGCCAUCGCUACAAGAUAAUACUUUGCAAAGAUUGUGCUGUUGAACGAAGAAAAUACUGUUGAAGAGCGAUAAAGAAACGGAAUAUUUACUCGAACCACUGCAUAAAGCGAAAUAGCCACACAGAAAAAUAAGUGAUCGACAUCGUUCCAUUUGUGAAAGAGGAUUUACCUCGACUACCAACUGAAUAAGCAGCAAACAUCAGCAAAGUAGAAGUGCAGAAACUGAGAACUCGCAGACAAACGAAACCGAGGAGAAUUUCUGGAGCGCCGAUAGAGCCAACAGCACCAACUUCACUAGAGAGGAGCGCAACAGUAGCAGAAAUAUGAAUGGCUCAAGCUACGAAAUCAACACGAACGGUGAUAUCCUAUCACAAAAUCAGCAGAAAGGCUGGUGGACCAUCGGUCUAAUCAAUGGCCAAUACAAGUACAUGACGGCCGAAACCUUCGGUUACAAACUGAAUGCCAACGGAGCUAGUCUAAAGAAAAAACAACUCUGGACACUGGAGCCAUCCAACACCGGAGAAAAACGCUGGCAGCCAGGUGCCAAUCCAAAAACUGACGAUAAAGGUAUUAUUUAUCUGAAGUCACAUUUGGGCCGAUAUCUGUCGGUGGAUUCAUUUGGCAACGUACUGUGCGAAUCGGAGGAACGCGACGCAGGUAGUCGGUUCCAGAUCAGCAUCGCCGAUGACAACUCAGGACGGUGGGCGCUGAAGAAUGAACAGCGCGGUUAUUUCCUCGGGGGAACCCCCGAAAAACUAACGUGCACCGCCAAAGCUCCAGGAAAGGAAGAAUUUUGGAGCGUGCACCUCGCUGCCAGGCCACAGGUGAAUCUGCGCGCCGUUGGACGCAAACGUUUCGCUCAUCUGUCGGAAUCGCAAGACGAGAUCCAUGUCGAUGCCAACAUUCCGUGGGGCGAAGAUACGCUAUUCACACUGGAGUUCCGCACCGAUGAAGAGGGACGAUACGCACUGCACACAUGCAACAAUAAAUACCUCAACGCCAAUGGAAAGCUGGAAACCAAAUGUACCGACGAUUGUCUGUUCAGCGCUGAGUACCACAGUGGCCAUCUGGCUCUACGUGAUCGUCAUGGGUUGUAUCUGUCCCCGAUCGGAUCGAAGGCUGUCCUCAAAUCACGCUCACAGACUGUCACUCGCGAUGAGCUGUUCUCGCUGGAGGACUCGCUUCCUCAGGCUUCGUUCGUCGCCGCUUUGAACAAUAAAUACGUUUCAGUCAAGCAAGGCGUUGAUGUCACUGCUAACCAGGAUGAAAUCGGAGAUAACGAAACAUUCCAACUGGAAUACGAUUGGUCUGCCCACCGUUGGGCUUUGCGAACCACUCAGGAUCGUUACUGGUGUCUGUCAACUGGCGGUGGUAUUCAAGCUACCGGUAACCGCCGUUCGGCGGAUGCUCUCUUCGAAUUGGUAUGGCACGGAGAAGGUUCCGUAUCGUUCCGCGCCAACAACGGGAAACUUUUGGCGACGAAACGCUCUGGUCAUCUUUUUGCCACAGCUGAAUUAGUUGAAGAUACAACCAAAUUCUACUUCUAUCUCAUUAACCGUCCCAUCCUGGUAUUGAAGUGUGAACAAGGAUUUGUCGGUUAUCGUGCCCCGGGAAGCAACAAGCUAGAGUGCAAUAAAGCUAUCUACGAAACAAUUCUGGUCGAACGUGCACCGAAGGGUGUUGUCCACUUCAAAGGUCAAAAUGGCAAGUACUGGCGAAUUGAUGGUGAGGGUAUUGCGGCUGACUCAGAUACCCCAGCUGAUGGAUUCUAUAUUGAGCUGCGAGAACCUACACGUAUCUGUUUGCGAUCAAAGGACGGUCGGUACCUCGGAGCUACUAAAAAUGGCACAUUCAAACUGGUCGACACUGGCUUCGAGACCGCCACUCAGUGGGAAUACUAAAACAGUUCAUUCAGCGGCAUCUCAUCGGUUCGGGUUCACUCGCACUCGAAAUUUUAGCUUGUUAGGUUACUCUUCUUAUACAACUACUACUAAUAGUGCUACUCCAUCUGAAGAAAGCAAAAUUCAUUCGAAGAAAAUCGUGAAACGUCUCACAACGCAAUCAAUCUCUCUCACUCUUUUAAACUAAUCCUUAAAUUUUAUUUGUAAAUUUAUUUUACUAUCUUUCGUAUUAUAAAACUAGAAUAUUUUAUAAAAACAGCCAAUAAAGAAACAGAAAUGAACAAGUAGUGCUCUUUGAUGCAAAUGUCUACCAAGAGCAAAUAAUUUUGAGAAAAAAUAUUGUCAUUUCAUAGCAACCAUCUCUAUAUGAUGCAUGCGUAUAUUUAUUGCAAUAAUCAUACAUCAAAAAACCUAAAUUAGUUGUAGUAUCUAGUGAUCACUAAAAUUAAAAACAAACUAUCAUAAAUGAAAAGAAUAAAACGAAUGUAUGACAUAA